CCCGUUCUGCCCUCGGUACCGACCGGCGGGGGUCCCGCUCCGCUCCCAGUAGCGACCCGCAGGGUCCCGCUCCGCCCCCGGUACCGACCUGCGAGGGUCCCGCUCCGCCCCGGUACCGGCCCGCGGGGGUCCGGGCCAUGCCGGGGUCCCGGUGCCCGCUGCCGGCGCUGCCGGUGCUGCGCUGGCUCCCGCGGUACUCCCGGGCCUGGCUGCCGCUGGACGUGCUGGCCGGGCUGGCCGUGGGCCUGACCGCCGUGCCCCAGGCGCUGGCCUACGCCGAGCUGGCCGGGCUGCCGCUGCAGUACGGCCUCUACUCCUCCUUCAUGGGCUGCUUCGUGUACUGCCUGCUGGGCACGGCCAAGGACGUGACGCUGGGUCCCACGGCCAUCAUGUCCCUGCUGGUGUCCUCGUACGCCUUCCACCAGCCCGCCUAUGCCGUCCUGCUCGCCUUCCUCUCGGGCUGCAUCCAGCUGGCCAUGGGGCUCCUGCGCCUCGGAUUCCUUCUGGAUUUCAUUUCCUGCCCGGUCAUUAAGGGGUUUACAUCAGCUGCUUCCAUCACCAUCAGCUUCAACCAGGUCAAGAACAUCCUGGGCCUGCAGGGCAUCCCGAGGCAGUUCUUCCUGCAGCUCUACGAGACGCUGAGGAGGAUUGGGGAGACCAGGUCAGCCCUGCUCCCCAUCCCUGGGGCUGAUUUCUCGGCUGUGACACAAAGCCCCUGCCCUCCCCUCUGUGGAGCUCUCCGGCGGUUUGGGUGGCACUGCUGUGCCUCUUGCAGGGCUGGGGACGCUGUGCUGGGGCUGAGCUGCCUGGCAGCGCUGGCAGGGCUGCGGGCCAUGAAGAGCCACCUGCCCCAGGCUGUCCCCACGGCCCCGCUGGCUGUCAGGAUCAGCCACCUGAUUGUGUGGAUCUGUGCCACAGCACGCAAUGCCCUCGUGGUGCUGUUUGCUGGCCUGGUGGCUUACUCCUUCCAGGUGAUGGGCUGCCAGCCCUUCAGGCUCACGGGCAGCAUCCCCCAGGGGCUGCCACCCUUCCGGCCACCACCCUUCUCCCUGGCAGUGCCCAACGGCACCGUCCCCUUCCCCAGCAUGCUGCAGGACAUGGGCGUCGGGCUGGCCGUGGUGCCGCUCAUGGGGCUGCUGGAGAGCGUGGCCAUCGCCAAGGCUUUUGCCUCACAGAAUGGCUACAGGAUUGACCCCAGCCAGGAGCUGCUGGCUCUGGGUGUUGCCAAUGUCCUGGGCUCCUUUGUCUCCUCGUACCCCAUCACGGGCAGCUUUGGCCGGACAGCAGUGAAUGCCCAGUCAGGGGUCUGCACCCCCGCGGGAGGGCUCGUCACAGGUGCCCUGGUCCUGCUGUCCCUGGCAUACCUGACCUCUCUGUUCUAUUACAUCCCCAAGGCAGCGCUGGCUGCUGUCAUCAUCUCGGCCGUGGUGCCCAUGUUCGACGCUGGCAUCUUCCGGAGGCUCUGGCGGGUUCAGAGGCUGGACCUUGUGCCCCUGUGUGUGACGUUCCUGCUGUGUUUCUGGGAGGUGCAGUAUGGAAUCGUGGCUGGGGUGCUGGUUUCUGGCCUUCUCCUGCUCCACUCCAUUGCCAGGCCCCCAAUAAAGGUGUCAGAGGGGGCCGUGCUGCUGGUGCAGCCGGGGAGCAGCCUGCACUUCCCAGCCGUGGAGCACCUGAGGAACUCGGUGUGCAGCCGUGCUCUGGCAGCAGCAUCCCCAGCUCGCCCCGUGCUGCUGGACUGCAGCCACGUCAGCAGCAUCGAUUACACAGCAGUGCUGGGGCUGGCAGAGCUGCUGCAGGAGCUGCACAGGCACGGCCUCCCGCUGGCCUUCUGUGCCCUGCAGGAGCCCGUUCUCCAAGUCCUCCUGUCUGCAGACUUAGAAGGAUUCCAGCAUUUCCCCAGCAGGGAGGAGGCAGGGGAGGCUCUGGCUGCUCUGCCAGGAUGGGAGCGGUGCAGGGAGCUGGGGGGCAGCAGGACAGAGCCCCCCACCAGCCCUGCCCAGAGCACCGGGCUCAUCCAGUGACACCAGUGUGGGCUGAGCGUCCUGUGCCACCCCAGUGGCACCAGCACCUCCCUGGGAGCCAGCUGUCCCUCCUGGGCACGGGGAUGGGCUGUCCCCAUGUCCCACGGCGAGAUGGACAGAGCAGUGCCAGCC